UAACAGAUCUCCAUUUUGUGUCAGGGCCUACCCCAUUCAAAUACUCAAUGCAUGCGGAACCAUUGUUUAACUGUCAGCGCAAAGUCGGACGGAAAAAAAGCUGGGGCACGGCAAGAUGGCGCUGCUCUGGGACACCAGCCUGCUGUUAAGAAAAGUUAAAGAUUUAAGAUGUUUGACACCCAGACGACACCGAGUGAAAGAGAAAUGGGCUGCUACACGUCCCAAGCUCCCACCCACCAGACUGGCUGUGCAUCACUUUGACGCCACCUACAGCACCCAGCUGGGGCAGCUGUGGCCCUCAGUGCGACUCGCCAUGCUGUCAGAGAGAAAAUAUGGAGCCCUGCUCAAUAAUUUCUCCCAUAAUGCUGUUCUGGCAGAGCUCAAAGCUCAGGGAUGCAUAGAUUUCAUCAGUGAAAGAGAGAGAGAGGUUCCUUCUUGCUUGGAGGAAAAAUCAGAGGAACCUAGUGAUGUUUCCAUGAAGAGCUCUGACGUUGAUGGUGAGCAGCUAUCUCUAAGCCCAAACAUCAAGUGUUUAGUGUUUCCGAGAGGCGACGUGACACGAUUCAAGCCUGCAAGGCCAGACAAGAACAGCCUGUUGGGUUACUACCUGAUGGACGCAGCAUCUCUGCUGCCCUGUCUCGCACUGGAUGUUCAAGAAGGUCACAGCGUGCUUGACCUCUGUGCUGCUCCAGGAGGCAAGACCCUGGCUUUGCUUCAGACCCAGGCCAUCAGGUUUUUGUGCAUAAACGACAGCUCAGUGUCUCGAACACUACGACUGAGGAAGGUCCUCCACAGCUAUGUUCCUAAGCAGUUAUUGACAAAUGAGAACCUGCGCAUCACCUCCUUCGAUGGCACUAAAUGGGGGGAAAUUGAAAGCAACACUUUUGACAGAGUCCUUGUUGACGUUCCCUGCACAACAGACAGACAUUCACUCAUGGAGGACGACAACAACAUAUUCAGUAAGAGUCGGACUGGGGAGAGACGCAGGCUGCCGCAGCUACAGCUGGAGCUGCUGCUAGCUGGAAUCCAGGCCGCUUGUCCUGGUGGGGAGAUCCUCUACUCCACCUGCACGCUCUCACAGAACCAGAACCUCAGUGUGGUUGAACAGGCUAUCUACCAAGCUCGAGAGAAAGAUGGCAUCCAUCUACAGGUUGUGGAUCUGAGGCCCCUGACGCGGAUGUUCGGGAACACCUUCCACUUCGCUCCGGACCUCCACCUGGGGGAGAUGGUCAUCCCGCACCUAGCAGCUAACUUUGGACCCAUUUACAUGUGCAAGCUAAAGAGGCUGACGUAGGCUGUCGACUGUUGCACAAGUUCGCCUGAGACUUUCAAAUACUGAGCAACUCUGCUGCCAGAUUUAGAGUCCGCUGGAUUUGCAAACUGCUUCUGGUGGACCCGGGCUUUCAUCAUAACUGUGUUCUGGAGCUUUUUGAAGCCUUCUGAGCCAGCCAUGACUCUCAGAGACGUUUCUCUUUUUUCCUGUUUUCUCAGUCCUAUAUGAUUACUAAGCCUUAACGCUGGGUCACCUUUACAGGCUACACAGCAAAUGUAAAUAAUAUCAGUUUUAGAUUGUUCAGGUAAAGCAUGAGACGAACAGGAAAGAGAUUUUUCUCAGUGCAGAAGUGGAUCAGUGAGGACAGGUGACUCUGAGCGCACAAUAUCCUAUCUUAAUCCUUAAUCCACUUUUUUGCGGCUUGCUAGUAGGGUCCUUAUGCUUUAAAACUAGCUGCACAAGCUGAUGAAUGACCUCUUGUUAGUUUCAAAGGGACGUGAGGAGUACUUCCUAAAGUCUGGCCUGCAUUGACCCGUCCCUUCAAUGUCCUCAUCAUUCAUGCUGGUCCUCAUUAUUGAUGCGGAAGCCCUAAACUGCAGUUAAACGAAUAAUUAAACUGAGCUUGCACUGCAUUAACUUAUUGACGAUGUGGAUGUUUAGGUUUUUUUAUCCAUAAACAAUUCAAAUUAAUGUAACUUAAAGUUACAUUAUCACUAGAAUUCACCUGAGGGUACCAGAGUGUUCUUUGCACAGAUCUUUUCUACUGUGACAUAUUAAAGAGAUGUGACACACAGCCAGGAUAUGCAUAUGAUAGUGUGAGAAAAAGUCAAAUAGCCAUUUAAUAACUUGUUAGUCAGUACUGUACAUCUGUACAUUCAUAUCACAUUUUGAGUGUGAUUAAAGAUUAAUAUUAAAGUCGUGUUUGUCUAAAAUUGAUCAUAAGUUAAAGGCGAUAGCUACAAGAAAACAAUGGACAGAGGAUUAGGAAUACAAUUAGGAAGGAUGUGUCAUUUUGUUUAAAGGUCUCCUCCACUCAUAUAUAGCUAUUUAUGAGUUGCUGUUUAAUUUUUGCCCUCUAGGUGUCAACAGUAGACCAAGAGCACAAGCGUCCUGUAUCUUCCUUGUCCACUAGAGGACACUGAGUGUAUAUAUGUGGAAAUGCUGCUGUAAUUUCACUAUGUGUGUUUGUCCUCCUGUACUCUGUCAGCUGCACAGGGAUGAUGUUUGUGGUUUGGGAAAAAAACACAAAUUUCCAUCAGAAUUACCUGCUCUCUUUAACUCGGCAAUGAAAAUGGGCUUGUCUUGUUCUUUGCUUAUUCAUCAGGUUUGAUGGCUUUGCCUAAUAAUGCGAUAUAUGGCUGUGUGAGAGGAGGGCAUAAUGAACAGGCAGGUAAUGACUUCUUUGACCAUUUGGCUUCUCACAUCGAAUCUGCGCAGCUUUCAUUACUAUAGCUGGAUUGAGUCCGUUUUUGCAUCGACAUCACUCAGAGGUGAAAUGUUUCCUCUUAUCACAGCCUAAUGUGAGCGCAGAGGUGCCUCUUUUUCUUUUUUUUUUCCAUCACACCGCCGAUGACCCUUUAUGUUGUCCUGGCCCGGGCAAUGUAGCAUGAAAAAAGGUGUGUGUCUGUGUGUGUGCGUGUGUUUCUUAACGAGUCCACCAUCCACAUCCCACUGUCAUUAAGCUGCUCCGGAGCUGACUCCCAUCCCCGUGCCGGGAUGGACGUCAGCCAUGCGGCUCCCAGAUGAACAUUAAAGAGGCAGCAGAGAGCUAAAAUGGGACGACUCGCCCUGUUUUGCCCCUCCGCUUUUUUUUAUUCCACAGAUGAGUGCAGAUAAUUUUCUGUGCGAUUGUGAGUGAUUACUGUAUUACUGCGGUAAAAGGGGGAUGUAUCGGGGAAUGCAGGGGGAAUUAAUGACACAUAAAAACUAUUUUUGUAUUGACUGCGUUCGUCCCCAGGGCCUCAAAUGCCUCCUCGCAUAUCUUGUGAUUACCUAAACGUAUUGUAAAUAUGUGUUUCCUAUGGGCUCCUACAUAAAUUUACAUGUUUUAACACUCAGGAGACGACAGACUGUUAGAGAUGAGUUACUCUCUAUUCUGCCUGUCUAUAGACUCGACUGGCUGCCUGCUUUAUUAUUGAAUUAGCCAAUGAAGCGCUGUGCGUUUGUGUCCCUGUGUGUAAGCCUGUGUUAGGGAGACAUGCUGUGUAUUAGAAAGAUGAAUAUUGUGGAUUUAACUACACACCCACAUGCUUCCGCUGUGUUUUCUAGUACAAUUUUUGCUAAUAAACCUGCAAAAACAC